UCAAAAUCUUUCAAAUUUCACUCUCUUCUUCUCUCUAUUUUCUAAGACUGUUUCUCUAUCCAGCUACUGUGUUCUUCUGGGCAUUCCAUUCCCAUUUCUUCUUCUUCUUUUCUUCUUCUUGUCUCAACUCUCGAAUUACAUAUAACCAUUUGGAGUCUUCAAGCUCACAAGCUAACUCCAUUGUUCUGUCUCCGCAGAUACAGUCAUAAAGUGAUUUUGUUCUCCAUAUGUUUUUUCGAGACUUUGAUGGGACGCAACCUUUCUGAGCAAAUUGAUAAGUUUGAUACUGUCGUACUGAUAUAAUAAGAUAUGCAUACUUCUACUUUAUUUUUGUCCAUUUUUUUAGCAAAGCAUAUGCUAGUGCGUUAUUAUUUAUUGGAUUGAUAUGCUUUUUUCGUCUUCAAGGACAAUAUGUAUGCAUGCGUAUCUGCUUUAACUUUAUCUACCCCAGCUUCGCAGGUCUCACACAUUCAAUGCUUCUGAAUGCGAUUCAUUAAAUAUUUAUUUUCUGUUUUUAAAUAAAGCCUCACACAAUUCUACUCACUAUUAUGCACUUAGAAUCUUAAAUUCAGGUUACAAGGUGUCUCGAUAACCCAGUAUAUUCUGUGUGAAAAAUCUAAUGCAAAAAAAGAUGCAGUAGCAAAUGAAGAAUCAGUAAUUCGCUAUCCUCUGUCUCAGACAUACAAGAUUACACUCUUUUUUAAGUUCAGAGAAAAUAUGGCCUUUUGUCUUUCUUUUCUUUUCUUUUUUUUUGUUUUAAUGAUUUGUGGUAUCAACUUCACUACAUGUUUUUGACCUUUCAGAGAAUCAUAUGCUGUGCAGUUAGAGAAAAGUAGUUUACAUAGCACAGUUGGAGAGAACAUUUGUUUAAAAAAAAAAAAAGUAAAAGGGGCAAACAAUUUAAGGAAAUGAUAUAUCACCAUACCCUCUGUUAGUUGUCAUUUCAAGAAAUGUAAAUAUGUAUAGAUAUAUAUUGAUAUUUGAAAUCUUACAAUAAUUGUGUUACCUACAACAUUCCACUUGUCCUUUAUCACCAAGUUACAUUGAUCCAGUAACUUCUCUAGCUACUGAUUCUCCUGAGGUUGUUCAAAUUACAAUCAUUCAUGUUUCUUCCCAUGUUUUGGUAACAGAACUACUAAAAUUUUUACUGCAUCUAGGUGCAUUAAUGAUUGUUUUUCUGUCGUGAGUCCAUGCCCACUUGAACCAACUAUCUCAACUGAUUCAUUACCUAGAAAUCAUGGUAAAAGGUUAUCAAAUCAGGCAGUAAAAAAGGGGCAACUUUUACAACUUUGCUAGCAGAAUCAGUUUGCCCAUGUGAAUCUGGUUCAUUCGCACUUCACUGUGUGCAAAAUUACUGCUUGAAUUACUUCUUUAUUUUCCAUUGAUGAUGGGACCAUUCUUCAUAUAUUUGCGACUGAUGAUGGACCAGUCACUUUCAACAAUAUAUAUGUAGAAAGAGAGAGGCAAAAUGUACAGCUCUUGAAUAUUUUAACUGAGAAAAAAGUAAAUGAGUAAAGUGGAAUCUCUGGGCUCUGCAUUCUCUGCUCCUGGCAUUAAUAUUAAAGGUGCACUUUUGGCUUGCCAUUGUUGGAACGCAGGACCUGUGUGAUGUGGGGUUCCUUUACUUUUAUUCAUCUGUUUUUUCCCCCUUCUUGAUAUUUUCAGAUCACACGUCUUUCCUGAUUCUAGAUAAGUUUUUGAUAUCUUGGGUUUGAAUCAAUUCUCUUUUUAGUUUAAUAGUCACUUCUUUAGUGAGGUGGCUCCUUCAUGAUAUUGAAAGUUUGAUGCUAUAAAUAUAUUUUUAAAUUAAAAGUUCAUUGGCGAAUGGUGUUUUUUUUUUUUUCUCUUUUUAAUAUCUCGUGACAUUUCUGGAGAUCUGAAAAGGCAGAUUCUGUUCAAGGGAGUUAUAUUUACUUGCUCGCUUAUCUUCUCCAUUCGAACUUCAUAUUUGUUUCUUUCAUCUUUUAUCAGGUAAAAAGUUUUGAGAACAAAUUCUUGGAAGUUUCUGUUCUGUGAUAUUCAUACCGAUCAUAUCAAAUGCCAAGAUCAAGGGGAUCAGAUCUGCCACAGAGGCAAUCUCCUAGAGGUCCACAUCAGCUUCGGACGUCCAGUGCUGACUCUGAUACGCAUCAGCAUCACCGACCAAUCACAGAUCGAAGCCCAAAGCUAGCAGGAGACCGACGAUCUCCAAGAGUCACUCCUCAAUCCGACACAGUCAAUCAGAAGAAGCUAGGCACUCGCAUUGCUGACUUGGAAUCCCAACUUGGUCAAGCACAAGAGGAAUUGAAGCUUCUAAAGGACCAGCUUGCUUCAGCUGAAGCUGCUAAGAAAGAAGCUCAACAAGAGCUAGACAAGAAAGUGGAGAAACCUCCCUCUUCUAAGAAUGUUGUAGAAUCUGACAAAACUGAAAUCACAGUGCCCCAAGAUGAUAAUAACAACCAAGAGACUGAUGUUUUUGAAGUCCCAGUUGAUAAAGAAGCUUUCGAAAAGUCCGCUCCUUUAGCAAUGUCAGAGCCAGAGAAGCCAUCCAUGGAGGAUCUGACACAGAAGAAAGAUGAAGUGAUUACAGAGUUGAAGUCCAAGAUGGAGGAGAAAGAAAAGGAGACGGAGUUAUUGAGUAAAGAAAACGAGGAUCUGAAGAACCAACUGAAAGAAGCAAAAUCUAAACUAUCAGCUGCAGAAACCAAGGAGGAAGAAAUGAUCUUGAGAGUGAGGCAACUGGGGGAAGAACUGGAAGCAAGUAAAGCGAACGGAGAUAAGUUGAGUGAGAAGUUGAAGUGCGUGGAAGCAGAAAAGGGGGCAUUGGAGACAGAGAUGAAGAAGCUGAGGGUUCAGACUGAUCAAUGGAGAAAAGCAGCAGAUGCUGCAGCUGCUGUUCUUGCUGGGGGAGCGGACAUGAAUCCUCGUAUUUCUGAAAGGUGUGGUUCCAUGGAUAAGCAUUUUGGAGGCAUAUUUGAGACCCCUGGCGGGUACAAUAACAAUGGAGGAUUCAUAGUGUCACCUGGUAUUUGUGAGGAUCUGGAGGAUGGGUUUGGAAGUAGCAAGAAGAAGGCCUCAGGGAUCAGAAUGUUUGGUGACUUGUGGAAGAAGAAAGGCCAAAAGUGAUCUUCCAUUCACUAUAUUCAAUUAGGAUUUUAGAUCCUCCGUGUUUCUCGAAAAGUUUUCAAUGUCGAUUUUCUCUCUCGAAAUGCAUGCCUCAUUCCCCCAGGCAUUCUGUUCUUUUAUCUCUGAAAUUGACACUGUCAAUUGUUUUGAGAAGUCGGGGAAGGUUUGGGAUGUGCUGGAUUGGUAAGAAAGAGUGGUGAACAGUUUGCUGACUGUUCUGAAUCUUUCUCAGGUAUUUUGUGUAGCUAAUAUUUAGAAUUUAGAAUCAUUGUGCAUGUAAUCAGAAUUCCAUGGCCUGUGAGUGAGAGAUUGAACUCCUGAAGAAUGUUACAAUAUGAUGUUUUGUUCUGGGCCUUGAUGUAAGCACAAAACUGCCCUCGAUCUAUAUUGGUGAAUGGUGAGACUGGGCCAAAAAAAAAAAAAAUUGGAGAGUGCUCAUAAUGUUGCUCCUGGUGUUAAAAAUAGAAAAAUCAAGAUCAACAGGUUUGGUCUAGUUAAAAAUACUAA